AUGGUGAAGGUGGAGAUCUUGCUAUCAACUUUGGCUGCCGCAGCGUGCACCGCUAGCGUCGGCAUCGCGGUCUGGAAGCUCGUGUUGGACCGACCAAAAGACUCAAACGAACUUGCAAGACGGAAGACACCCCGGAAUGCUAAAGAUGCGGACGCAUUUACACCUGAAGUCUGUGGCCAGGAAGAAGAACGAGAGGAAGGAGACAACGAAGGGCGAUCCGAAAUUCCUGAAACGACCCCAGAAUGUCCACGCGCUGAAAUAGUGCCGAAGGGAGAACCCCAUGGCGAAUGGACGAACGAGAAUUUGCUGCGCGGUACGACAAAUAGCGGCUUGAAACCCGACUGGGAGUCGUCUUCAGACAUCAACGAGUGGUCCAGCGUCGCUGACGAUGAAGAAGAUCGCCAAGUCUUAGAUACGCCAAAGAAACCACGGAAACGAGGCUCCUCCUUUCCGCAUCACAACACACAGAGGCCUGUGAAGUGGGUCCAUAUUGGAUACGGUCGCUAUGAAAAGUGCACAUAG